GCGAACGGGUACCUAAUUAACAAGUGGGGAAAAUUCUUUGAUUUUGAUGAUUUCAAUCAUGAUGGAAUUCUUUCAUUUGAAGACCCCAAAGCAUUUCUGGAACAUUAUAAAGCUCGUGAUGAUCUGACUGAUAAGCAAAAAAACAAGAUCAUAAAAGAAAUGGAUAGACUAUGGAAGGUCUUCUAUUUCACAAACAAGAAAGAACUCUCCAAAGAUGACUUUAUAAACAUGAUGAAACAAAGGUAUGAAUCCAACAUAACUGCAUGUAUUGAGCUGGUGCGUGCGUUUUCAACGGAUUGGUGCAAAUUGUUAGACUUGGAUGAAGACACAUUUCUUUCAAAAAAUGAAUUCAUUAUGGACUUUGUUGCUGGAACGCACAACAAUACCCAAAUAGACGAGCAAUUUUUCUACAUGUAUAAUCCCGUUAAUGAUCGUUUUCCCGUUGACGAUCUCAUCGAGUCUUGUGUUAUCUUUGCAACUGAACCCGACAGCUCAAAACCGGACAUUUUCUUAAAUGGAAUACUUAUCGGAGUUUGAAUAAUAAUUGUUUUGAAAACAUUUGAUGAAAUUUGGUUUUGAAAAGAAAGAGUUAAUAAAUGUGUUUUUUUUCGCAUAUCAAUAUAUCGGCUAAUCUUAUUAUAUAAAAAAUCAU